AUGACUUUUAAACUGGAUACAGGAGCUGACGUGACCGUGAUACCGGCGGCCACCUACUCAAAAGACCUGCACGGCCCACUCACCAGAGCAGUGAAACCCCUGUGUGGUCCCAGUGGAGAAGCCCUGAAAGUAAGAGGUUUCCCAGCCAUUUCAGCUUUGGGCCUGCUGCACCCCGUAGACAGUGUUACAGAGUUUGAGGCUGACAUAAAACAGCUGUACCCCAAAGUCUUCACAGGGCUGGGCCUUUUAAAAGGGGCGUACAAAGUGAAACUGAAAGAAGGACAGAGGGUCUGGGUGAAAAACACCAACAGCUCGGGGAUUAUCAGCAGCCCAGCCAACACCCCACGGUCCUACAACAUCGACCUGCCGACGGGACGUCUCAGGAGAAACAGAUCUCACAUCACAGUGAUUCCUGAGGGCACCACAGUCACCAGGUUGGGGCGGGUUGUUCACACCCCGCAGAGACUCAACAUAUGA